AUGAGUGAACAACUGCCGUUGAGCCAUCCUUUCGAUCGGGAGGAGGAAACUUCUCUUCAACAAUUAUUUACUGCGUUCUGCAAUCACCUUACCCUGGGUCAAUGGGAACUUGCUCGAGUGUGCUUGCGAGGCUUGUUCGAACAGCGCGACAAACUCGAGAAACCAUUGAAAGAGAUAAUGAGGGCAAUCAUUGAUCAACCACAUCAUGCAAGGUAACAAAAUUCGUACAAUCGAAGCGACUGGAGCCCGGGAAGCGCCCAUUAAUAUCGUAUUUCUAGUAGUCAUGUACUUUCACAUUUAGAUCUGUCAGUAGAUCUGUGUUCUGUGACGGCAGUUUUAAAUACCUACACGUUAUGAUACAUUUUUUAUUUUCGAUUUUAUGAAAUAUUCACCAAACGCCAUUUAUCUGCGGAUAUUCAAAGAAGUUAAUAUUUUGUGAAAAUUGUUUUUCUAUGGAUGAUAUUCCACAGUUCAUAACAGUUCUGACAGUUUCUUAAUCUUUUAACCCCCUAACAGUGAUCAGAAUCUGAUUUCUCCUUACAGUUUCAACUCUGAAUCACACAUUAAGGUCAGGAGAUCAAAGGAAAUUAUCACCUGCUAGAGAAGCUCUUGAUUGUUCAACAAAUUCCCCUUUUCAACUCCUUAGGAAAUGUAUCAGAGAACAGUAAGGAGAAUAUGCAUACUGAUGUUUAGGUGCAGAGGGUUACUGUGGUCAUUAGAAAGCCAGUGAUAGUUAUUGAUAACCAUAUAAGAUCUGGCAGUUAAUCUUUCCCUCCCAUAUCAAGGGAUUAUUCAAAGUGGUUGGCAAAACUGACAGAUUUUGAAUUUUACAAACCACAUUUCCUUGAAUAAGUGUCCAUGCUGUACUAAGCACCCUCCUUGAAUAAGUGUUCACCCCCCUAAGCUAUGAUAUCAAACAAGUACCCCCCUUGAGUAAAUGCCUGGCCCUCUAUUUAUAAUCUUUUAAGUUUCAACUACAGCAGAAUCUGAGUAUAAGUUAACUCCCAAGAACUGAUUGUUAAUUCUCCCUUUUUGAUGCUACAUAUUUCCUUGUAAAUUAGUUAUGAGAAUUUGGUGCUAGAUCAAGAUAGCGGCUUCUACCUGAUAAGGUUGAAUAUUCUCAUUACCUGUUUGCAGAAUAAUGUAUGGAUAUUAUAUGGAGAAGUUUCAUGUUAGUCAGUUGCAGGAAUUAAAGGGUUAAUAGUUUCCUAAUAAGUGUCUUCUCACCUAAGCACCCUUGUUCCAGCGGGCACCCCUCUUUUAUCAAAGUCUUAAAUAAAACUCCAGGUGCUUAUUAAAGGAGAUACAGUAUUCUAUGAUUACUCAUAAUGCACUGUUACUGUCUUAACAGUUAUGGAUCGUGUUCUGUUCCAUCUCCAUUCCAUUUAUCAUGGUUAUGUUUGGUGGAAUAUCUGGAUCUUUUCACUGAUGAAGAGGCAAGUAUUUUUCUCUAACAUUUUUAUAAAUUUAAGUUGUUUAAUCCCUAGCUUAUUACCUUGCAGGGUUUUCUUGGCUUCUGUGCUUCAGUCAUUAGGUACUCUGUAAUGAUUAAGCUGUAAAGAUCAUAAACACUGUAGAUCAACUGUGGACAAACUUCUUACCAAAUGCUGUCUACAUUGUGCUAAUACAGUAAAAUCUACCUACUUCAAAAUUAAGACAAAACCAUUUUGUGUUAAAGAGUUUUCACAUGAACCACAAAAAGUGUAACAAAUAUGGCCAGAGGUUUCUUUUUUACUAGUUAAACAAAGAAACUGAAAGAGAAGGAAAAGUCCUCUUUGUUUAGAGGCAGGAUAACAGAGAUACAGCUGGAACAUGAUUGCCUGAGACUUUAGACACAAAGUUAAAUAAAAUUUAUGAAUUAAAUAACACCAUUAAUAUUACUAACAGUAAUUAUAGAAUCUUGUGCUUAUAAAUGAUCUUAAUCAUUAUUAUUUACUACAUAUAAUACUGACUCUUGAACUAUUGUUUGUGUUUGAUAUGCAACACAGGACCAGAUUCCAGAGCCUAUUGUAAAGAAAGUGGAAUUUCGCCUUCUUCUCUACCUUGCUUGCCAGAAUGCCCCUCAAGUUGUGAUUCAAGUAAUUAAACUUUCACAAUUGUCCAGUUUUCAUGCCCUUAUUACCACUGAAAGUGAAAACAAUUACUAUUAAUCCCUGUAGCUCUCUUGAUAUUGAUCUAGCACCAAGUUCUUAUAACUAAUUUACAAGGGAAUGUGUAACAGCUAGAGGGGAGAAUUGACAAUCAGAUCUUGGGAGUUAAAGGGUUAAUAAGAGCCUACUUGUGGGAAAGUUUACUUGCAUUCCAAAAGAAUCAUAAUGAUUCCUCAGUGUUCUUCCUUAUUUUAAGCACAACAGGUGGAAGAAAAUUUAUAAAAGGUAUUUGUGCAAUUCCAAGCUACUCUAGGCAGUAACUAGAGGUACUACAAGUGGCAAUUUUUACCAGUUACUGCUAAUAAAAUAGAACACUGUUACAUGUAAUUCACUGUGACAAAAAAGACUUUUUUCCAUUAAUUUGCAGGAUAUAGAUGAUUACCACAGUCAAAUUGUUUACAGAGAUCCUGACCUCUUUGCCUCUGGAGUGUCUGACCUUCCUUCUUCCACUUUGUCGUACUUGAAACAGCUGCUAUCUGAAAGUCCUCAGUUUGGAAAUGCUGUGAUUAAUGAUCUCACUUCCAAAGGGAAGGGCUUUUUGAAAAAUAACCAGCUCUUACAACAGUUAUAUUUAGACCUCAUCAACGAGCAAUUGAUGGCCUUAGACUCUGGAGCUGUAGAAGUUGAUGGUACCAGUACCACCUCUGUACCUAAAGAUGACAUGCCUGUAAAGUGUGCCACCAAAGAAUGUAAAUUCAUCUAUCAAAUGCUUUCCUACAUGGACCCAAGUCCUGAAAUGCUCAGCCUUUCCAAGUGUCUGGACGAUCUUUUCAGGAACCUCAUAAUUCGAAGUUCAAAUGAGAGAGACACUAUUUUAGACAGAGGCAUUUUAUAUUCCUGCUUCCUCAGCCAGACAUCAACUUAUUUGAUGGAAAAGUUUUGUUUCAUUGAAAAUCAGAUGCGGUUUGUAGUGAAUGAUCGUUCAGAGUUACCAUUGUCAAGAGCAACAUUGCAAAGAUUCAAGCAACCAUCAGCAUUAGAUGAUCUCACUGUUAAUGUUUGUUAUGCUCAAUCCUUUAUGGAGGAUAGGAGAGAAGCCUGGAAAUUUCUGUUCUUCCAUGCUCUAAAUGGAAAUCAUAUUUUAGAGAACAUGGUGGUAAGUAGAUAUCCAUUGUACAUAAAUGCACUGGUUCUUUGUACCAGUGCCAUGGAAUCAUUCAAGAGAUUAGAGAGGCAUUACACCUAUUUGGUUACUAUGGACAAUGAAAAUUCCAGGGUUAAGCCACUGCAGGUUAUUGUUUCGUGUUUCCAAGCAAGGAAACCCCACCCGGGGUAUUGGCAAACUGUUGAGGAGAGAGGACAUCAGGCUGAGGUUAACCUUAAUUCUCCCCUUUAGUCAUGAGAAUUUGGUGUUAAAUCAGGAUAACAACUCCAGCUGAUGAGUUCAAGUAUUCUCAUAACCUGAUUGUUGGAUAUUAUAUGGAUAUUAUAGGGAGAAGUUACAUGUUUAUUACUUGUGGGAGUUAAAGGGUUAAGUUAGUGGUGAGCAUACUGGCUUGUAAAUAAAAUGAUACACAAUGUAGCUCAUGACACUGCUUUUAAGAUGCAGUGGCCAAAUGGUCAAUGUGCUGGACUCCGCAUCAAGAGGUCUGGGUUCAAGACCUAGGCAGGUCAUGUGUUGUGUUCUUCGGUAAAACAAUUUACUCAUAUAGUACCCCUCUCCACCCAGGAGCAUAAAUAGGUACUGUUGAAUUGUCAGGGAAGCCUGAUGAAAUGCUGGGGGAGGAGGGAGGGGGGGGGUGUUAACUUUGCAAUGGCUCACAUCCCAUCCAGGGGAGAGUAGUAAUACUCUUAGUUGCUUUAUGCUUCUCGGAAACCAAGAUAAGCUCCAUCUGGGUGAGCCAAUAGUGCAGACUUAAUCUUUGACACUGCAGUAUCUUCUCAUUGUGGAAAUGAAAAUUUAGUGUCAAUACAAAUGUCACCAUGUUUACAAUGUGCUUUAGGAAACAGCUCUUGUCUUCAUAAGAGAAAGUGACUUUGCUAGGCUGACACAGCUUCUGUCUCCAGUGGAGUUUUCCAGACUCAAGCCACUUGUUCUCCUCUUGGGCUGGCCUUACUGCUACAGUUGUGAAAAUGCUAAGAAUCUACUGGAAGCUCUCUGGGACCCAGCAGUAAAGUUUACUUGUUUUUGUUUUAAUUUUUUUUCCUUUUUCAACUUCCUUUUAGCCAUAAUUAAGGGCUUACAUACUGCAGAAAUUGAAAAAUGCAAAGUUAUGUUUGAACACUAUUAUAAAUAUGUUUCCUUUAUGGUUUGUGCAUACAAUUGAGGUGAGGAAACAGAAAAUCCUAGUGUAAGUGCAAGGGGUGGAGGGAGGGUGUGGGCUCAUUGUGUUUUGUUCUUGGAUGAUACUUUUUUUUUUACCACGAUCCUCUUUGUUAGGGAUGAUUCCUUUGUAUCAGCAAGUCAUUAAAGGAAGGAGCCUACAAUGUGGCCAGGGGGGUUAUUAACCAGGAUAGAUUACUUUGUGUCAGGUGUUCAGUGAGAAAACAGAGUAUGAUAGUAGCACAAAGGGAAAUAAGGAGCUACCAUUGUGCCCAGUUAUCAAUUGAAGGUGUGGAACAGGCCAAUAAUAGAGUAGCCAACAUCCCCUUCAAGGGAAGUACAAUGUAGGAAAACCAGUGGUCUCCUUACACUAUAGUUAAAUAAGAUAAGUUCAAAGCUCCAGAGCUCCAGUGAUGCAGUCCACUUGGCAAGUUUGUACAUGUUCAUGUCAGAGCUGUUUUGAGCAUAUGGCUCAGUAGCUUAUAACCAACUGUUAUUUUGCUUGGGAUUUUAGGAGAAGGCCGCCCAUCCAUCACUUCACCAAGCUUGUCAGAAACUGGCCUAUCAAGUCCAACUGGUUCAGUGGUGUACAGAGAAAGCUCGGUAAGUGCAAUGGGAGGUUAAAUUUUAGAGUUUUUUGUUGUAUCAUACCUUGUGCUGCACAAAGACCUUGACAUGCAAUAGUUUUCCUUCAACUUUUUACUCCUCAGGGGUGAUUGGCUUCUAAUUUCUUCUUACAAUAAAUUAACAGCCCUGAAUCACACGUUAAGGUUGUGAGAAUAAAGGAAAUGAUCACCAACUAAACAAACUCUCCAAAGUUAAACAAAUUUUCCCUGUCAGCACCUUUGUAAGUGUAUGGAGAACACUUUGGUGAAUAUUCAUACUGAUGGUGGGGUGUAAGGGGGGCUCAGACAGCGUUUUCACACGGAGGUGAGGCCCAUUAGUUUUUAAACUGGCAAAAAUUCGAGUCUUUGUAGAUGUGAAGUCAACAAUAUUUUACUGAAGUUACGACGAAAUAAGUGCAACUCGUCAUCAAAGUCAAAUUAAGAGAUUUUUCCAAUUUAAAUCUUUUGAGGUCUGUUUUGUGGAAACCGACUGGAAAUGAACCCCUCGCUUGACUUUCAUAAGGGACGAAUUGCGCUCACGUUGUCAAAACGCCAUUCGUUUGCACCAACAACAGACCUUAUUACGACUUCUCUGACCUUAACAGUUAGGCGUGCGUUAGAGUUCUAAUCAACCACGGAUCAAUAUCAGUAUCUGAGCAACUACGCACCAACCCCUCUCCUAGCCCAAUAAGAGUUAGAUUAUAAGUAGUUAGGGUUAAUGCUCAGUUAGGGAAGGGGUAGGUGAAUCUACUCUAUUAACCGCAUACUGUUGUUGCCCAUUGAUAGUCCCUUGCUGGCCUCGUCUGAACCAGGCUCAACUCGUCAUCAGCAAGCCUCAGAAAUGUUCCAAGGUCUGGAGUCACACUCCGUAUUACACGUGCUGCACAAGUCUAUCAGUUUGGCGCACCUUCCUGAAAAAGAAGUUUUUGAACUUUUGAGAAAGAGACCUGUUUUUACCCCUCUAAAGGAAGACGGAAAUGAACCCUCAGGCGAAGGCAGCGAGGAAAGAUUGGAUGAAAAAAAGACAGGAGGAAGGGAAGAAGUUAGCAAAGAGGAUUUGGAUCAAAACUCUGAAAUUCAUCCUGAAGUGCAAAGAGAUGUCUUCCUAUACCAUAGUUACUGCGCACUUAGAAAUUUUAUGGAAGCUGUUACUUCUUCUGUGGAGACCUCUGGUGAACUAAGUUUAGAAACUAAACAAGUUCUGGGCGAAGGGAAAAGUGUUGAACCUUUCAAUUCGGGUGGAAGCGAGUAUUCCGAUACGAACUCAGAAGAGAGUUGUCCGGAGGAGAGGUAUUGCGGACAAGUUAGAAAUAAACUGGAUGCUGGGAAGUAUCAUUUAGCCCACGUUUACCCACUGACUUACAGAGUUGAAAUUCUGGAGAAUAUCUUCAGUCUUCUGUUUACAACUUACGAGGAUCUUUACGAGGGAAGAACCCAUCACAAUGAAAGUGAUGAUGUGGAAGCCAUGGAUGAAGAAACCAGGAGUUUGUCCAAAAGCAGUCGGACUGGAAGCUGGGAGAGCCUCGCCAGUUCCCUGGAUUUGUCGUUUGACGUUCAUGGGCCGCAUACCCCUGCGAAAGACCAGGAAAAGGCGGCUAGUUUAACAGGAUCACAGCCUCCAACUCCCGACACCCUAAGGCAGAAAAGUCCAACCGUGCUGUCAACUAUGGAUUCCCCUUCUCGUAGGCAGUUGUUUAAAAAUAACAGGGCCGAAUCCGAUUCAGCUCUGUUAAAGAAAUCGUCAGAUAGAGAAGCGAUAGCGCCUCCUGUAUCACCACCUGCGAGCAACACAGUCAGGGCAAGGCUGUCAGAUGAGGAAUCAUACGGUGGUAAUUUAAUCUCUAGUAAAGGGUCGUCAAGAGCUGUUGUAGAGGAAGAGAACGAUCUCAAAUUUGAAUUUGUGAUUGAAGAUGCGACUGUACCAGACAUGUUGACAACAUUGAAAGAAUGUCUCAUGGAACUAAAUACGGCGAAGUUCAAUGAACUGAAGAAAGGUUUGUCAUUUUUUUCACCCCACUGACAGAGUCGCUUCGAUCAUUCUCGUAGAUAAGCUCAAAGAGCAAUUUUGUUAUUCGACGUGCAUGUGUCAUAAAGAGAUCGAAGCUGCUCUGCUGGGGGUGGACACUUUAGUUAUAGAGUCAAGAAUAUUAUGUUUUUCGAAUGGACAAUUAUUAUCUUCGAUCUUUGAAUUUUAAAAUUUAUAUUUGUUUCUUUCGUUGCAAACCUGUUUUGAUCGGUCGAUGUGAUUUCCUUAGGCUUUGAAUUUACUUCAUUAAGUAGGCGAACCAAUAGAAUUUUAGUUAAGGCACAGGGCCGCGACCAAGCGCGGGAAAAUUUAAGUGACAAAGCCGUUCAUUGGCUGAGUAGUUUGGGUGAGGUCUGCUUUCAGCCAGUGACAGAGCCUUGUUCACCAAGUCAAUGUUUGCGUUACAACGCCAUCAAUUUUUGUUUCAGAAAAGUCAGAAUCAUUCACAACUCGCCAAGAUUUCCUCCAGACAUCCGUACCUCGCAAUUCCAUGGAGCAGCGUAUUUCACGACUAGGCCAAUUCAUCAAUGAGGCUCAGUGGAGAUUCCAGCUGGUGUCAUGGAAAAAUGCCUCGAAAGGUCAGACCACCAGGAAUUCCAAGAAAAGACUUUCCAGAAAAAUCAAGCAAAUUGUAAGAACGGAUGAAAAAUCUAAAGAAGAAGAUGCUGAGGAUGAGGAUUCAGAUGAUGUGGAUGGUGCAACUAGUAAGGGUUUUUUAAUUUUUUGUUUUUUAAUUUUAAUGUGAGUUCUGUAAUUUUGUUGGCGACGCGGGGGCAGUAAUGAGCACUACUUAAGCAGAUCAUUUUCAAAUUCAUUUCUUAAACCGCAGUUCACAUAUAUGAUUUCCAAAUAUUCACAGACAUUGAUUCAUUAAUUCAUGGGUUUAUUACAAACCAACAUAUGACCAGCUCCCAGUUGGCUUGUUAGCUCAGAGGUCAUGGGUUCAAAUCCCCGUACAGGCCUAAUUUUUUUUCAGGCCUUAUUAUCACUACUGCUUAAGUAGUUUUUAUUGCUGCGAAGAUCGCGUUCAUGUUCAUCUCUUAAAAAACAGUACACAUAUAUGAUUUUUAUAUAUUCACAGUCAUUGGUUUAUAAUCUGAUGUCCCUUUCACUCCUCAUUCUCAUCCUCUUCUCAUAAAGUGUCAAGAAAAUCAGGACAGAAAGCAGCGGUCCCGAAAGAGACUUCUGGUGAAUCGAGCUCAAGCGUUCAUCUUAGCCAGGAUAUAUCAACAGGUGACAUAAACAUCACAAACGCCACAUUUAGAGCAAUUUUCAAUUGAGCAUCGAAAGUAAUCUGGGAUUGCUUUGGUUUUAAAUUAACUUUGUUCUGUGAUUGGUCCAGAAAACUCGUAUCCAUCCUCUCAACCAGUCAGACGCAAAAUAAAAAAAAAAUGGCUACUUGGUCGCCCGAAUUUUCGCCCCCUUCGAACGGUUUGCUUGUUUUCACUUUGAGUUCUCAUUGGUUAAUUAUAUUGUUAACCUUUGUUCUGAUUAGUUCCCGGGGUUGGUUUGGUUUUGGUUUUUAGACACUUAAUUGAAAAUUGUUCAUUGCUUUGUUGUGCGUUGAUUUACCUUUGGGUUACUUUACGAUGAAAAAAAAGGAAAUUUGAGCGCAUAACACCUGCGUUACGCGAGAUCAAAUGGCUACCGGUAAAUGAGCAUCUUCACUACACUAUAAGGACGUUUAAGUGCAUGAAGGGCCUGGCCCCCACAUACUUGUGUGAGUCUCUCUGAAGCCUAUUCACUAUCAUAACACUAGAAACAGUGAAUCCCUUGUUAUUCCUCCAAGCAAGACAAAGCCAGGCCAGUGACGUUUCCUCCAUAGAGCAGUCAACAUUUAUAACAAUUUAGACAAAGACUUAAACAGUUAUCUUUAACAUCAUUAAAAAAAAGUUGAAAACGCACUUGCUAGAGAAUUAUUUUAAUUGACCGCUUUUUUUAAUUUUACUGGUUUUUUUUUUCGUAUUAUAAUGUUCUUCGCUGUUUAGUAUUGAAAAGCCCCCUGAAGAAUACUAAUAAAGUAUGUAUGUAAUUUGGCAUGUGUGAGAACUCGGGAACUUUUUUUUCUCUACCGCUUGUGAGAAGGUCAACCGUCCUCACCUUACGGAGUGUAGGUCGUAAGCAAUUUUUUUUUCCAAGCCUCCUUUCUAUGCGUUGAAUCAUGUCUGUUGUCGAACAUGAUGCGUUAGGUUCCGUUUAUCUCUCUCGCGCCAUUAUGCCCCUUGCGGAACGUUGUCUGCACGGGGCAAUUUGUUUUGUUUUAAACCGUGUAUCUAAGGGAUGCUAUUUUUUUAUUACGGAAGGGGGGAGGGGGGUUAAUUGACGGUCACUUUUCUACAGUCCCACCUUUUAUAGUCUGUAAUCGACGACCGAUUUCCCUCCAUCCGCCCCUAAAAACCAAAUUCCUCCUCCCCCAUCUAAGGCGAUAAAUAAUGACUCCUACCCAAGCUCACAUUAUUUCGCUUCACAAAUGAUGUAUACAUUUGUUUCAGUAACGGAAAAUAACAAAGAGGUAACAAGAAGGAGGAAAAGUCGUCAUCGCCGGCUGACUUCUCGAACGUCUGCUUCAGAAGGUUGUACUUUACUCAUCAAAGAUGAUAGCGUCAUAGCACGCAUGCUCUCUUCUCCCGAUACGCUGAUAUACAUGUGCAUGAGAAAAGACAAUUACGAACGAGCGCUUCAAGUUAUAAAAAUGUUUAACAUGGCAGAGAAGCCCAGUGCGCAAGCUCUGGCUUUUGCAGAGAAGUACAGUAAAACUAUAAAACAUUUGGAAAGUUUACAACCCAAAGGUAGACGAGUCCAAAGUCAGGGCCUCUUUAAAUCUCGUAAACCUCUUGGGGGUCUGGGGGCGGUUGCCAUCGCAGCAGCCUCGGGUGCCAGCAAUUCAAUGGUUUCCAAUCUGAUUGACGAGCUGCUGGCAAUGCCGUCUUUGAGUGCGGUCCUAGACCCUAGUCUCACUCCAGAGAAUUUGGCGAACGGGAAUUCAACUUUGGUGAAGUUUAUGGAUCCGGAAAUGGUUCCGACGAUGCUAUGUGUAGAUCUGGCGAGUACAGCAGCUGUAUCCUGGUCCGUCUGCAAGACGCUGCUGGACAUGGGAAAGAGUCGCAUCACCGAAGGUGAGAGAUAAAUGUAUUACGUAUCAGGAGCAAUAUUCAGAGUUUGAUAAAAAUCACUGAUUGCCUUAGGGUAAUUUAGCAUUACCAACUGAGUUAAUAACGUAAAUUGGCCACCGUAAAGAGAUUAAAAGCUGACGUUUCGAGCGUUAGCCCUUCGUCAGAACGAUUGGACGAAUUGUGGGUUGUGUGUGGGUUUAUAUGCAGAAAAUGGAACUACGCUAUUUGUGGGAAUAUGGUGACGAGAAAACAAGAAUAAAUUAUUUGAAUGAAAUGCGCUCGUUAAUACCGUUUGGAUUAAGAGUGCCGAUUUGAAAGAUAAAUUUUUGUUCUCGAGUUUUGCGGCUCUCCGAACUGCCUAGAUGUUAGAAAAGGCCGCAAAGGGAGAUUAAAUUGUCCAGCGACUUGUUUGGAUGCGUCCUUGUCAUUUUUUUCUACGUCGCGAAGGUGUUCUCAGAAUCGGGCGCUAAGUCGUCUUCCUGUUUCACCAAUGUAUAACUUUUUGCAAUAAGUGCGAGUUAUGCAGUAGGUGACACUGGCGAAGGUACACGUAAAGUGACGAAUCAAUGAUCUAAGGGAUCUCUUGGGUCCCAACAUUUUAUUUACGUUAGGAAUGAAAGGACAAGUUUUCUAUUGUGAGUGAGCGGAUUUGAAAGUUCCACGUUGGUCAUUGGUUUGAAAUGAACUUCUGACCAAAAAGUUGCCUAUGUUUUUUUCACGUUUGAACAAAAUUAGUGGAGGUUGCGAAAAGAUAGUACCAGUCUCUGAAUCGUUUGGAAAUGAUUUGAAGUUUUUAAGAAUGAUACAUUUAACUGCGAGGAUUGAGAGAGUGAAAUGUGACGGCGGUUAUAAAUUGAGUGAGCUCCUCUCUGGUAGAUACGGUAGCGCCGAUGCAGUCGUCAAUGUAGUGACCGUAGAGUUCAGGUUGGGGCCGUUGUAUGGACUAAAGAAUUGGUGUUCGACAAAACCUACGAUAAAAUUGGCCUAAAUGGGUCCCAUUUUAGUACCCAUGGCUACGCCAUUACUUUGUUUGUUAUAGUUGCCUCUGAAUGAAAAGCAAUUGAGUGUUGUACUAGCUCGGCUAGACGAGAAAUGAUUGCCUCAGUUGUGACCCCAGACUUUGUGACAUUUCCAGGAGACUGAAUUAUUUAGAUGCAGUUGUGAAUGCAAUCGCUCCACUGUUCACCUCUGUCUCACGCAAUUGAAUUUGAUUAGACAAAUUUACUAGCUAUGUUAUAACUUAUAAGCUUGAAGCGUCUUGGGUUGGCAAUCAUAUCUUUUAUUCGCAUGAUCUUAGUGAAUGAUUUAGCAGUAUUACUGUAAGCAGAAAUGAAAAGCUGGUUACAUUAGGGUUUAAAGGAUUAAAAAGCGCUCCGUACAUUUAAAAAUUUUUUUUUACUAUUUUUUUACCUUCCAGAGCCACAUCCAUCUUCCUCCAAAUCAAGUGGAAUCCUCCGCGGUAUAAAACCAUUUAUGCAUCAACUAGAAGAGCUUUUGAAUCAAGAACUGUCGCGUGGUAAUGCCCAGGACCCGUCUGGUGGCAUCACCAUAUCCGUCACCCCUAAACCCAAUGCAGUGGACCUUCUUCUUGUCGGGACACAUCCCAUUCGGCCCAAGGACAUGGAGGCUCACAGAAAACUUAAUGCAUCUCAAGAAGAAUCUUUUAGGUAAAGACUUUGUUUAAGAAUUGCGUUAUGCGGAGGUUAACCGUUUCACUGCUUGGAAUGUGGGUUGAAGGCGGGAUGAGGGAUGGUUAGAGCCCAGUGGAACUCCCCCCCCCCCCAACACCCUUUUUUAUUACCUUUGUCUGUUCUCUGAAACCGUUGAGACAUCCUGAUCUUUAUAAAACUCUCAGAUAAACCCCUCAUCCCUUAAACAAUGAGCAAGAUUGUGAUGCUUGUGCACGUUAACCUCCAAAAACCGCAUCUUUUCCAAAACGACAAAAAAUGAAUGUAACGUUUUUUCGGGAAUAAAUACCCAAGAAGCGAAAUCGGAGUAAUAAAUAUGAAUUGGACGAGAUGCCACGAGGAAUACAAAGCAAGUGAGGUGGAAGCAGGCUUAGGAAAUGACACCUAAAACCUUCUUUGGCGAGCUUCUUGUGUAAGCUAAGUGAAACAACAUAUGCAGACUUAGUAGAGUAACAGAGACAGGCAAAAAUAGUAUCAGCUUGAAGCAUUUCAUUUAUUCAAAGUUGAAAAAAAUCGAAACAGUUUAUCUAGAGGUAAAGAACACAAACUUUGGUUUCGAGAAGGAAACAUAUGUGACCUUUGUAUAUCUCCCCUUUGUUGAAGAGACACUAGUAUUCGGAGGACAAGGUGGGGGUGGGGGUGGGGGUGGGGGUAUGUUUCGCAAGAUGCAAGUGAAGAGACAGGUAAAUUUGUUUGCUUUCGUCUCAGACGGUUUGAGCAGGCGUUGGAGGAAGGUGAAACACAAAUCAGAAGUGUGGAUGAGGUUGCCAAGCAACACCCAGGCCACAGGCACGUCGGCAGGCAGGCCUCGUUUAAUCUGAUGGAGAAGGGCCUGGCUGUGAGAGUCGCCAUGAUUGAGUUAAAGAAAGCGUUUGAUUGCAUUGAUAGUGCUAAUUACGUCACUACCGCAGGAGGAGGGGGCUUGGAACAGAGAUACGACUACAUAUCAAGUUUAGUUAAGCACGUAGAGACUUUGGCGACGCUUUUGCUGUUUUGGAAGUCAAAAGCGGGAGGUAUGUGUAGAUAACUCUCUGGUAAUAAGAUGUUUACAGGCUUGGAUGUCACCAAAACUUUGCCUUUUCCCUCUGUGUUUUUUAGUAUAUAUUUUGUUGUAGUUGUUGUUUAUUUUAUGGUUUAAAUUCGUGUCACGAAAAAAAUUGUUGAACAUUUAAGGAUAUAAAGCAACGCUAUUAAAACAAACGUUUCAGCGACGACAUGUCACCAUUAUCAAAUGCAAGUACGCAAAGAUUUCAGAUGAUAUAUAGAUAGAAAACGAAGAUACGGACAACAUCCAAAAAAAUAAGGCGUCAAACUUUCCACGGCAUUUCUAACUAGUUCGGUUUGGCUUUUCUAUUCAUUUAAUAGGUUACCACCAACAGAUCUGCAUUUCUCCUAGAAGGAUUACCUGCUAGUUUCGACUUUGUGUCCAGUUAGCCCUUACUCUGUGUUUUAGACCCAGUUUCCUGGCAAGUGUGCGAAAUUAUUGAGCGUGGCAAUUUCACUUUUAAAAUCUCGACCCGUAUUGUGUAUUGUGUUUUAUUUUCAGACUCUUCAUCGAGUGUUCCUCCAAAUAUCGAUUUAAAUCGCCCGAGUGCUCUGAAGGUUUCCAAUCCGUUUGUUGUGUUGAAUGAAGGUAUCGCGGAAACCCUCGGAAGACAUAUGUUUGAAAAAGACAUUUCUCCACAAAGGUAACUUUUAUGCCGAAAUAUCUCGACUGUCAAGGAAAAAUUACCCAUUGCUUAAGCUACCUGUUUGUAAAAGUACAGAGCUUUAAUUUUUUGAGCCUAAGGGAAAGUAAAUGCAAAUUUGUUUGAUUUGUGCGUGGGGUUUCUCUAAAGGAAGUAACGAUGAACUUUCCUUUGUCAGCUUGGAGCCUGUGGCAAGGCAAUUGCACGUGAAUCUCUCCAAGGUUAUCGUUUACAACUGCUGUCCGGUUGUGCCUUCACACGGGGGAAUCUCACGUAGAGGUCGGUAUACCCGAAUGUGUCAUUGUACGUUAUUUAUGUGUCUGCGGUCAUGUUCACAAGGUAUCGAGGGGAUGUUCUAACGCUCUAACAUUUACCGGAAAUUUCCUUGUUUUUCUGUUUUUUUGUUUUUUUCGCAAGGAACUGUGCAAUCUUUAUGUUCCUCCACCCGCACCGGUUGGAACCGGUUGAGUCCAAACUUUUCUCAGUAGUUUUACCAUCUGCCCAUGCGCGUUUUCGGUCAACGGGGUUGGAGCCACAAAGCGCUGUCAAAGGCUAUUGACUUAAGCAGUUAUGGAAUAACCAAUUAUGAUAAAUGAUCUAAUGAUUAUAUAACACGGUACUUUAUUUAACAGACGUCCGCUGGCCAUCCUCUGACCUGGUUAUUUUGAAUACUGGGAGCAGAUGGACAGAGAAUGUUCGAGAUCCUAACACUGUCUCUAACGACUUGCUAUCCAGAAUGAUUAAACUUCUAAAAGGUAUCUUUCAUACAGCAUUUGUUGAAGCAUGUACAAUUAUGAACCAACCUGAAGCAAUACGUAAAGAUUAGAAAAAGAAAUUGUCUGUAAUUCAAGAUAUACGAAUAAAAAUUAACUGGAAAGGAAAACUUUCCCAGAGGCCCGAGGAAGGUAUCAGUGAUCUUUAUUGACGAUGUUAGGCAUAUGCAAUGUGCCCUACCCCUGUCUGUGGCUCACUGUUUUAUCGAUGUAAACCGCACAGGUCAAUCCCUGGAAAUAGAUGGCAACUAUAUUCUUAUGUACAACAACUAUAAAUGCUUUUGCACUUAUUAACAGCUGAAGGUCGAAGGUGAGAAAAGUAAUUAAGCCAUUUUCAGCUUGCUUAACCUCUCUAUAUUUGUUGGACUACAGAUGUGGCAGAGAAGAACGGCGAUGUGGUGGACUCAAACUCAGUAGCUAAUAUCACAAGGACGCCCGAGUUUCAAGCAAUUUCACGAGGCACUGCAGAGCUUCAGUGCGUGGAUCUUGACUUGCUCUCUUCAGAUGCUGCUAAAGUGUGCUUCUACCUUAACACGCUUAAUCUUCUGAUUGCGCAUGCGUCACUGAUCCAGUUUUCGGACAGCUCUGGGGAUGGUACAAGCGAAGCAGUACGCUCCAUUACCCGGCAUGCUUCAUUUUCUCGGCUCAUGGACGCAAUGUCAGGUUCUGGAGGAGAGGAGAAAGUCGGUGAUGCAGUUCCCUUGACUGCCCUAGAGAGGAUUGCAUUUCUUAAACAGCAGUGCUACUGCAUCGGUCAGCUGGGUGUGGUAAGGUGAGAAUAUAAGACAACAGUGAUAAAGAUCUGGCUCCAUUGAGUUGCUUACGGGAUGGACAGCAUUUGUCAGCGUUUGGAAAACCACCCCUUGUGUUAACCUCCAUACUUUGCUUAUAGUUUCAUUAUGAUUGUUCUUGAUGGCAUAUAGAUUGCAUAUUGCCGUGUGUCUGUUCAAUUAUAGAUCACAGGUGACGUCUAAAUGUGGCAAGAACAAUAAAGUGGCACACGAGGCGCAGCUGAGUUCAUCACUGAUGUUCUUACCACAUUGUGACAUCUUCUGUGAUCUACUAUCGAAGAGAUUCACGGCAACAUGGAAUCUAUUUGUUUCAUAUGAUUGAAAAGCAAAUUGUUGUCAAUAUUGAUGCCAUCUAUGCAUCUGCCCUCCGAUAGAACAUGAGUAAGAACCAAUCAAAAUGCCUGUUUAAUUCAGCUUAUCAUAUAUUAUUAAAAACUGGAUCAUUGGAUAAUGCAAUUCAAGAGUUUUCAUUGGUUUAGCCAUCAUUAGCCAAUGUACCCAUUACGGGCCUCGUUGGCGAUAUAUCAUCUCAUAUCCAACGCGCGCUCGUGGAAUAAUAGUUGUUAAUUAUGCAACAGAUUCCUACUGGUCUCAUGUGAAGAUUGACAUGCCAUUUAGAAAUCAAACAUCAAGCCUCUCGUGUGUUUAGUUAUGGUUUAAUGGAUCUUUUUUAAUUCUUAGUUGUUUUACCUUUUUAUUCGAAGAAUAGACCAUCAACCAAUGAAAUUCCUUGGUUGGUGAGCACAGUGGAUACGAUGAUAAUGGCGUAAUAUCUUUAUUGAAUUUGCUCAUUAUUUUGACUACCCUUUUAUUCUCAGUGCAUUCGACCUGCAGUUCGUUAUUUUACACAAAGGACUGGUACCGCCAAGCACAUUUGGAGAAGGUGUUGUCAUGUGUUUCCCAGGUAGGAAAACGGCAGUUCUUAUUUGUGUUUCUGAUGGCACGACUCGAAAACGUUUGCGCAUAUUACAGACUUUAACAGUCUCACGCAAGAAAACCACGGCAAGACCAUCGCUACGAUCGACAUUGUUGAAAGCCUCGUUUUUGUAAAUAGAUUAGGAAAUAUUGUAAAUUGUGACUAAUCUAUAAUCUUUGGGUAUGAAAGAUGUUGGUUAGUCAGUCGUAUUAGGAACGUAGGGAAAACUGCAGUUUCUUCCGGUUUCCAGCGAUGCUAGAGAGCUUUAGAUCUGAUUACGAGUACGAUUACUAGUUUUGGCCGAGAGUAGAGUGACACCAGCUUAACAUGACGUAACACACGAGAGCGUGACUUCUUCAGAAUUAGGAGAACGCUUCACAAAUAGACGUCAGGCCUUACUGAAUGUUACUUUUUUGCAACUCUCUGUGGUUUUUAUUAUUAUUAUUAUUAUUAUUAUUAUUAUUAUUAUUAUUAUUAUUAUUCCUGAAAUGGUUUUAUCUGAAAAGAGACAGCGAGAUUUCAGAAAAACUCGUAGUUAGAAUCAGAAGGCAAUGACCUUUUCAGAGUUUGCACCACUUCCCUACCGAGGAAAACUCGUAGUCGUACUCGUAGUCAGAUCUAAAGCUCUCUAUAAUGUCCCAGGUAGGCUGGAAAAUGUAAAAUCUCAUCUCCUAGUAUGUGCUGGUUUAUGUUAAUUACAUUUUAUUGUCACAUCCCUCAGAACGAUUUACAGAUGACGCCAAAAAGUACAAGCUGACUACCCCGGAAAGACGAGUCAUAUUCGCCAUCUGUGACGGCUGUGUCUCCUCUCCAAAACUUCAGGUUAAGAGUCCAAUGUAUUUUUAGUUAAUUCUCGGCAUAUACACUCGAUUGCAAAAACGUUGACACCUUGAAAGCAUAAACCGUGAACGAUGAGACCCGACGGAUUUGUGGGUAGUGUUGAAACAAUAACCUCAUUUCCAUCAUGAUAAUCAAUAAUUUACUAUUCUUAUUCUUUGCAAUAAAAAAUACAUUGCUGGAAAAAAAAGUAUGCCCAAAGCAUACUCGGACGAUUUACGUUUACAGUUACAGUUUAUGCUUUCAAGGUGUCAACAUUUUUGCAAUCGAGUGUAGUGAAGGAGUGGAUAAGGUUCAAAAGAAACUAUGGUGCUGCGUCGGUGGGGGGUGUUACGAGAUAAUUCCGUUUUUUCAACUGAGUUGAUAAUGUCAGUUGGCCACCGUAGAGAGUUUCUAAAGCUGACGUUUCGAACGUUAGGCCUUCGUUAGAGCGAAGGGUUAUUGAAGGUUUCUCUCGGCGUUGUAGAAUUAGUUGGCGGUUUGAGCGUUAUCCCUCCGCCAGAGCGAAGGAUUACCAAAGGUUUCUUUUAACGAUGUAGAGUUAGUCUCACUUAUUCUUUCAGUACUCUUAUUUUUAUACUUAUUGCCAGUUUAAAAUGAUUCCCCUUGUUGGUUUUACUUUUUGAGUUUAUCGCUCGCAAGCUCAAGUUUGUCAAUGGGAAAUUCAUAAGUCGAUUUUUGGCAAGUCGAAGUUAUCUUCACUUUGGUGUUAAAAAAACUUGAUUAACCUUUGCCUUUGAAAUCUCUCUUGGAAAUUAAUUAAACCCCGAGGCCGGGUUGUUCGAAGCUGGGUUAAGAUAACCCAGGGUUAGUAUGAAAUUGGAUUUCAGAUCUGAAAGCUUUAAAAGAAAAUUCACUGUAAAGAAACCCAACUUAAAAUUUAACCCAAAUUACAAUUUAACCCAACAACUGGGCCCUGGUCAACUAGUCAAGUGAAACAUUUAUCGAUAUCCGCGACCGCUAAUGUUCUGAUUGUUUUCCCACGUUACAAGCAUUUAUCGUGAUUUCUCAGUGGUUGAUUUUGGUCCUUCUCUUUGCUUUGAUUAAGCGUUGGAACUGCUUUUGUUAACCCUAUCCACUCGAUAAAUCUCUAUCCGGUGCACGGUGCAGUGCAUUUUGUUAACACUUACCAGCUGGAUAACGAAGUAUCCGUUUGAUGGCGUUAUUCGUCCUUUGAACAACUGCGCCCAGUUCUUUUCCUAAUGCCAGCAUCUGUUUCUCUGCAGAGUUUCGAUGUAGAUGAACUAGAUGCCCAGCUCUCUACCGCUGUGGUUUCGUAUAUCAAUUCCCGCGUAUCUUUGAACCAACAAACUGGACAGAUAACAUUGCCAGAAAUUCUUCAUUGGUACAGAAAGGACUUUGAAAUGAAAUCCCUGGAUGAUUUUAGUAAUGCCUCAGGUGCAGCGCCCGAUGUUUCUCUCUUGCUUCAGAUGGAGCCGUAUCUUUUUCCGGAUACUGCCGCUGUUCUUCAACAAAUGCUACCGAACAUCUCCGAAAUCACCUUCACGCCAUUUUGCUGGAGUUUCGGCUACAGAUUUGAUUCAGUGAUGCGCGAGCGUUCUUCUUCGGUAUCAAGCUUGCAGCGGUCUAAUUCUAUGCCGGAAAAUCUUCUUCUGAGCAUGGAGUUGUCUGUCCUUGCUCAAACAAGACUGGAAAAAGUCGGGAAAAGAGGAUUGUUUAGCUUGAACGAAACAGUGCUUGAAUAUUUAGAGGAAAAAUCGCCGCUAGUGGCCGCGUUAACGAGUUUGGUGUGUUCCUCUCCUGCAAAACUAAAUAUUUUAUCGGAAGAGAGAUCCCAGUUUUCAAAGGAAACCCUAGAAUCUGGAGUUGAUACAACCGAGUUUCCUUUCCGAUUUGCUCUGGAGAAAACUGCAAACUUUCCGUGUCUCCAGCGAUACAUCGCCUCUAAGUUGUACACAAUAGCAGACAUGUUGACGCUUUCUCCAGCAGAUUCAAACGAGCAGGGUGGAAGCUUUGGCAGUUAUGAUUUCAUCAAGUUAGAUCCAAACCUCCAAACUUUACAAGAUGGUAUGCGACCUCCGGACAUCUCUCUUUUCUCGGUAGCUUUGGCAUCCGAAGGGAGUUCCGCACUCCAGAAUGCUAUCCUCAAAGCGAGCGAUUUUUUCUUGCGCAAAGGCUACUUUGAAGAACUCUUGGAGUUAAUCUGUUCAUCGGAUCUUCGUGGUGAUGGAGUAGCAGGCCCUUCGAUUGAUUUCUUGUUGAGCUCGGCCGUUCUAAGCAAAGGAGGAACAAGAUCUGAUCUCCAGGAGAAACUCAGGAUAAUUUUCAAUCAACUUAAGAUUCCAGAGUUAAAAUUCGGUCAUGUUUUUAACAAAAAACUUUGGGUCCUCUUAACUCGAAUGAAAGAUCACGAUGAACUAACACGUCUCGUCCUCAGAAAGCUUAAAGAGUGGAAAGCUGAUACUUGCAUUGACUUAAUCGAUUUGUGUUUGUCUCGUUCGGUCAACGACGCUGCCCGAAGAAAUGACUUGGAGAGGAAAAGGAAAGAGAUAUCCUUGCAUCAAAAGGUAAACAAAAUUUUCCUUUUGGCUUCGUCUCUUUUUGUUUAUACACUAGAAUAUUUCUGCCUUCUAUCCGUUUAGUUUCCUGUGUUCCCUUGUCCGUCUAUCUGUCUUUGUAUCUGUCCGGUCAUGCACUCGUUUGUCUCUUUGUCUGCCUGUAUGUGAGUUUGUCUGUGUGUUGGUUUUUUUUUUCUUGUUCUCAGUGAUUGUACGUUUUUUCGCCGAACCAUCUGCAUUUUUUCUGUCUUUUUGCAUGCAUAUGUUAUCAUCUGUAUAUCUUUCUGAAUAAUCACUGUUGGAGCCAAUCCUGUCUGUUUGUCUCUCAUAUACCUGUUUGUGAUUUGUCUUGUUGUCAUUCUAUCGGUUUGUAUAACUGUCAAUCUAACGUUCAAUAUUAACAGCUUUUUUCCUUGGUCUCCUUUCUUUUUUUUCUUCUCAUGUUAUCUGGGUAUGAGCUUUGAUCUUUACGUGGUAAUCUCUCCUUGUCUUGUUCCAUAUGAACCGGCCCCAAAACUCAUCGUCAUCACAGGUUACCAGCCCCAAAAGUAUUGUCACCACAGUCUACCAGCCCCAAAAGUAUUGUCACAACAGUGAACCAGCCCCAAAAGUAUUGUCACCAUUAUUUACCAGCCCCGAAAAUAUUAUCACCAUGAUGUACCUGUAUUGUUGCCACUACUUUUUCAGAUUUCUCUGUGUGUGAAGUCGUUCAAGUUACAAGUGCCUGCAGAAGAGAGGGAAUCGUCUUCAGCCGGUCUGAAACGUUGGCAAGGCGUAGCGUCCAUGUCUGAGGAAAAUCCGUCUGUUGUUAUGGAGUUUUUGCUGUCCGCUCAACAGUUUGAUCUCGCAUCAGAGUGGGCUCAUCUGCACAAUCUGCCGCCAAAGUUUCACAAGGCAAGUUAAAUAAUUCUGGUCACUUAGCCAACGGGAACAUUCUUUAGACUGCAUCGUUUCCAAAACGACAACACUUAUUGAAAAAAAGACUGCAUAGGGCUUUUAAACCGUCAUUUAAUUAAUAAUUAAUGAUUUAAUUUAUCAAGUAAUAGUUAAGCAGCUUUUAAGCAAAUUAAGUUAAGUGUUAAUAGUAAUCCAAGACUGCUUUGGUUUUGCUUUACGUCGCUUUGUGAUUGGUCCAGAAAAUAGGUGCCACUCUCUCAACCAAUGAGAUGCAAGAGUUAAACUAAUAGCGCUCUUGAAGGCGUUUGCUUGUUUUACUAAGCUCACUCAGUGGCUCCUUGUCAUGUUUUUCUUUUCUCUGAUUGGCUGUUGUGAUUAUUAACUGUUAGUGUGCCGUGUUUGUUUUGUUACAGACCAUCACGGAAAGUCACCUGAAAUUCCUGCUUGGUAACAAUUCAGAGGAACAGAUGAAGGCGUACAAGAUCCUUGAAGGUGUCCAGGACUCAGAAAUGACGCAAGACAUCUGCGAGUCACUCAUGGCGCAAAACCUACACGUCAGUCAAACAUUGUUUAUAAUACAGUUUAUGCUCAUCAAUAUCCCCUCCCUCCUCUCUCCGGUUCGCGUAGAGAAGUUACUCUGUACCAAGAUGGGAGCCAAGGCCCUACUGUGCUUACCAGAUUCAGCUCGACCGCAUUAUGAACACCUAGUUUCCAGGCCGCCGCUGUUGCUUGAGCAGCUGCUGAUGAACAUGAAGGUGGAAUGGGCAGCCAAAGUGUUCCAGAGAAUUCAGGUACGAUCAUGGUAAUGUGUUUUAAAAGUUGUCUAUCUACACCGGAGCCGGAUCAGAUGUCGUCCGUCUACGCCAAGUCGGAUGAAUCUAAAAACGAAACAAUAACCAACGCAAGAAACGGUUGAUCGCGUGAUCGAGCAUGCACGUAAAGAAGGUCUGAAAGAAGAUGAAAUAUAUCAGAAACAUAAACGUUUUGAAAAAGUUUCGUUUUUGCUUCCGGUUAUAGUGGACAUUGAGCCUUAUCAUAUAUAUAAAGCUGCAGCGUUGAUUUCACUUGUUUUAUUGUCAUUAUUAUUUAAUCUUUUUUUUUUUUAUUUCUACAUCAGAUCGACCUAAGUUGCAUGGAGGACGUUGAAAGCCUUGGUAAUCACGGGUGCACAGUGAAGGCGUUUGACGAAUUAUUAAGCACUUACUCCGCCAAGGCGUUGGAAUUUCAAGUUGUGCAGACGGAGAAAAGUCAGACUAAGGGUGAGAAACAAUCAACAAAGAUCUAGAAACUUCUAUAUCUCGAAACCUGGUUUGUUGCGAAGGGUCGAGAUUUCUUGGCAGCCUCAGUGCCUCUUCACCUUGCAAUCAUCAGACCAUGACUACAUGUGCAUGGCUUGAUAUCGCAAAAUUCUUAUUCGUGGCUUUACAAAGUCUAGAUCGGACUUCUACUGAGUAUCAUAAAACCGAGUAAGUCAGCAAGCUCAAGCGGACCUAUGGAAAAUGUUAAAAGAAGCUGGUGAAAACUCUAUGUAAGAUCAAGCAAACUGUAUGAAGGGCAAGAAAAAGCCAUUGACCAACUGAUUGGCUGACCCAAUUUUCCAGAAAAAUCAAAAUUUAAAAAAAGGGACAUGCAAGUCUAUUUUUAAUUUAUUUACUCAACUGAAAAUUGCGUCAAGAGUUGCCUCUAUCUUUGACAGAAAUGUGCAGUAGUAUUAUGCAGAGUCUGAUCCAGGCUCCCUUGUCCUCACCUACCACCCCUGUAAGCUUCCUGGAGUCCGGUCGUUACACCCCUGUUACCUCCGUUUUUGGGACCCGGGAUACAACGGUUGGGAACGUGGAGAGGAAAGUACAAACUGCUCCCAGAAGAAAGAUUUCUUACGAAUCACGAUUAGUCACUCUCCAGAAGAAAGCGGCUUCCCCGCGCGCCACUGGAAGUCUGGGAACAAGGAGGUCAGCAUAUAUUCCACCUGUUGUUCCACCAAAGAUGGAGGACUGGAUGCCAGAUCAGCAAGUAUCACUAUGCGUCAUUUGUCAAGAGAGGUUUAGCAUGGUAAGUACUAUGUCAAGGCUAUCGCUAGAAAUGUUUUAGUGCAUCUCACUCAAACUUAACUUGAUUUUUGGAAGUUUUUUGUUUACAAUUCUUGCUUUUGCCUUCUUGUUAAAUCCUUUAUGUUUUACUCUUUUGAAGAGCGAAUGAUUCCGAUAUACUCGCAUUGCACCGGUCCUUUUAAGCGAUGUGUCGCUCCGUGAAAACAGCGGUCAAACUUCGGGCAUGCGAGGGGAUCCAUUCUGGCCGGCCGCGCGCUGAUUUUCGUGCAAAAUUUCACAGGAAAACAUAGGAAACAAUCGCUGCCUCGUAAAAUAAGCGAAAGCAAAUUGAAACGUUCACAGAAAUCUGUGAAAGGAACUGAAAAUAGGGGAAGGAAAACUGUAGACUGUUCUAACACAAAGCUUAUUGAAGUACAGUUUUACCAAAAAAUGUCUAACACUUCUAAAACUCCGUAAGGAAGACAUUUCAUCCGUUUUUCGGGGUGAGUAUGUAUGUUUGUAGAAAUCUACUUUCACAGCUAUGGAAUUGAAAAUUUCAAGUCCUGUUGAUUCCUGCUAAGUUUGAGGGACUUCCGUUUUGUCAGGUUACUUUCUUUUUAUUAUUAUUGUUCAUGUUUUUUUUUUCUUUUCGAAGUUCAAUCGCCGUCAUCACUGCCGACGCUGUGGUCGCGUCGUGUGCGGGACAUGUUCUCAAUACAAUCACGUUGUUGAGGGAUACGGGAGGAAUCCCGUGCGAGUGUGCGGUGUUUGUCAUGAAUACUUCUUCACCAACAGGUGUGUAAACUCUGAAAACAAAAGGCAAGAUCCUUUCCUUAUUGCAUCUUACCAUGGGAAAAUUUGAUUCAUAUUACAUAAAGUCACAAAAAGCUUUUUAGUGUGCGGUGACAUACUGCGGAAACUGGUUUUGACUUCCGCUAGGGGUCUCGUUUAACAGAUUUUCCGUCUUCGCGCCAAUGGUUCAAUUCUUAGCAACAGCAGAGUGGUUACCAUUGGAGCCAUUCACAAGACAGGUUUUUUUGUUUGAUGUAACCAUUUUGAGCUGCAAAGGGAUUGUCACUUUUCGAAAUGCUUGUGCUGUGAAUCUUAAGGAUUCAAAGGCACAGUUUUCGACGUGGAGUGUGACACUGAUUUUGUCCAAUAAUGUCAGUUCCACAGAUCGUUCAACAAAUUUUUUUAGUUGUUUGAAAAAAAUUUCUGUAAGGUAAACGAAGACCGCUCUAGUUAGCUGCCAUUCUGAAUUAACUGAUGGAAAAUCUAGUCUCGUCACAGUUAUAUACUCUUACGAUUAAAACCAGAACUGUCUUUUUCUCACGGCAUUUGAUGGCUGUAUGAAGUAUUUUUUGCAAUUCAAAAAUCUGGGUGCACUCUUUUUUUAAUUAGUUGAAGCAAUUUUGAAUUUUUUUUUGUUUUGUUUUUUGCUUUUGUUUCUCUGGUUUAAGUUCUUCUCAAGAGGACCUUAGCACAUCAGUUCACUCAGAGUCAGCUUCGCUCGGACCGGGACGUAGUUCCCAAGGUAACGAUUGGGGUUCUCUACCCAUCAUCCCUCUUACUGACGAGCAUUUAGCUACUCCUUGCGAUUUCAAUAUACUUACCAGCAUAUAUGUGUAAAGGAUAGGCAAAUGAUCGACAAUGAUUCUUCUAUAAAACACAAAAUUUCCUAAUUAAUGUGCAAAGAAUGAUAAAGUAAUGAGAAUGGAUUAUUACUAGAGUUUUGAUUGGUUUUAGUUUUUCAUCUGAUUUUUCGAGAGAGAGGUGUAAGUUUUCUGGACCAAUCACAGAGUGAAGUAAAGAAAAAUCAAUGCAAUCCCGGCUUACUUUGGGCACCCAAUAAAAAUAGGGUUUAUCGUUAGCUUGGGUAGUUUGUGAACCGUGCGAUCCCACCGAAGAAUACGAGGUGCAAGCGAGAAAACGAAGCAAUAAUGUUGAAAUGAAGCUGUCUCCCUACAUACAUGAAAUGUUGAUAAUCUUGUGUGUUUUCUUCUUUUUAUCCACUGCUCAGUUAAAACGCUUAAAUUUGAAUGUUUCUCUCCGUUGGAAUUGCAGAGCAUACAGUGGGUAGUGGUCCAGAUAAUGUUUCAAGGAGUUAUCUUGAGGAAACUACUUCGUUGAGCUACCUUACAGAAGACAUGAAUGCAAAAUGUCUCUGGAAACUAGGUUUAGACGAGGAAACCAACUCUUCGUUAAGAGACGAGUUCUACUAUGAACAGGUAAGUAGUCGUAACGGACAGCACAGGGUGUCACAUUUCACUACGGUAACCAAUACGUUUACGGUCGUUUUUAACUCGUGAAUUGCGCGCAUCCGUAACAGCGAGUUGUAGAUAUGAUUUGGAGAAUGGCACUCGCUCGCUCGCUCGCUCGAUUGGUCGAUUCCUGCAAACUUUUUUUCGAUUUUAGGCUUUUGAGUGCAUUUGAUAGUUUUUGGCGAGUAAUAAACGAACGAAAUGGCGACCUUUGUUGCUAAGAAUAGUGGUGGGGUGAAAAAGAAGCCAAUGAUAAUCUUAAAAGAGUCUUUUUUUUUCGUUUUAGUUUCAACAAGCGGCGCCAGCGACUGGCAGGCGUGCGAGGAUUCACACUGAAAUAAGAGAACAACCUUCGUUUUUCAUAAAAUUGUAAUUUGCAAUCCUUGAACUUGAAAACAAUCCGAAGAUUCAUUAAAAAUAUCACUUACUCCGAAACGCUCGGAGUUUACAGGUGUUCAAAAGCUUUUUCUGUUAUGGCGUGAGAUUGGGGACAAAAUCGAUUAUUACAUUUCAUAUCGUGUGUUUUCUGUGUGAAGCAACAAAAGGUGCCGGCGACUGAUGAAAUUACAGGUUAACACGAAAUCAAAUAACACCUAAACAAAUAAUUUUGGCUACCGAUUUUCAGUGAAUUUUUAAAGAACAAUUUUCUUUUAAGUUUCAAGACAAUUUGAAGAUUCUAAAUAAAUAUUACGUGCUAAAAUGCGAAAGUUAUAUACCAUAAAAUUGAUAAAUAGGCCUGAAAUUAAAUUCUAUCUUGUUCUUGAUUAUACGUUGCCUAGCACGUGCCAAAAUCUACCCAGGCGGAAAUCCAAAAUGACGGUGGCAGUCUGGGGUUUAGUUACAUCACUCAAGACUCAUUCCCGUUUGUCUCAUUUGAUAAAGAGGGAAUCAUUAAUGUUUUCAUUAAGACAACAUUGCCUUGAUUUUCCAAUAUUUACAAUGAUAGACAGUAAAUUUUUACUUUUCACCCACAUUUACUUCCCAACCUUUUCUUUUGAACCAGAAACAAAAAUGAUAUAUGUUUAAAACACAUGACAUCAUCCACCCUUGUCAAAUGUAAUAGCAUGAUCAUUUAAAUUGUAAUGCCUUCUUAUUCCAACGUUACUUUGUUUCUUUGCUACAUUAGCGAACACUGAACUACUGCUCGUACUCUAAAUAUGACAAUCAACCACAAAAUUCCCUAAACCAGAUAACAUUAAACAUAAUCCUAAAAAUCAUGUAAGUCAUCUGUCAAUUCACGAGUUUGCUCACAGGGCACUUUGAUCUAUAUCUGUGGUCUAUUUUCUUUCAUUAUCCUGUAUCUAGGCCCCAAGUGCCUCCUUGUGUGUGUCGAUAUUGGACCUUCACAGUGACGUCAAGGCCUGUGGCAAGCUUAUUCUGGACCUCUGUAAUUCGCUCUCUCAAAAGUUGGUCCCAUUGGCUCCAGGUACCAGUAAUGAGGAGUUGGACCCUUACCUGCUCAUAAGGUGGGUGGUGACGUGGUUCUUCUUCAAUAUUAAACCUACAGCACGAAGUUUUUUCAAGGACUCGAUUUCAAAAAGCUGGGUUGCGGACAUAGAACAGAUUCCACCCAGCUGGUGUCAACAACUACCAACACCUGACUUACGACAGGUCCAGAACUAUUUAACUUCACCGACAGACUGCAACGACCAAUCACAGCUGACGUACAUUUCUUGAGUCGCCUGGUCAAUAGCACAAAAUAAAAACCAACCAAUCAGUUUUCAGGAACCAGACCUAUAACGUAAGACUGUCCAACAAUUCCCCACGUGAUUCUGAUGAUGACUUCCGCUUAAUUGUCGACAAUCUUUAUCAAGACUACUCUCACUCUGACGAUCCCACAACUUUUUUUUCUGAAGCAUUUCAUCUUAAAUUAUUGAUUCUUUUUGGCUAAUCGCGCGCCCGUAACCGGUUCAGCUUUUAACAAGACGGACCAAGGUCCGGAAUUUUUUCGAAGUUGAAAAGAUUAAACCAGCAGAGAAUAAUGAAUAAGUCGUCUACUGGUCUUGGUCGUUCCAUGUAGGAAUAAAGCUGAGGGCUUGGUGUCUUUUGCAUAUGUAACCCGUGCCCAGUUAUUGACAUGCAUUACGUACAAAAACAGUGGAUAGCUUCGAAGGCGCGCUCUGAUUGGCUACUCAAACUCCGAAAAUCCUUCGCUUUAACCUCUGAGCGACGCGCGCGGGAUUUGCGUUCAAAAAUGUUAUAAUCAUUGCGAAAACAUGAGUUCAAAUUAUCUUUUUGUACUGUAUUAUCUCACUGGUUCUAGUAUAUACUUAAAUAACUAUUUACCUCAGUCCGAACCGGACCUGGAACAUUCGACCGACAACAACUAUUCACCUGACUCUGAUGACUUCCGCUCAAGUUGUCGAAGCGUCAGUGACUACUACCAAUAACAUUCCUCACGGCAACACUCACCUGGACGAUCAGAUUACACUAUCACAUCUUCAUAUUCCUCCUUGUCGCGUGGCUAGCGGUAUCCACCACUAGCUACCUCCACAUCGGUGAACAGUUAUCAAAUAUUUACGUUCAUACUACAUAUCAUACGUUUUGAUCGAUGAAAAAAGCAGAACAAGAGUAAGUUUGUUAAUGGCUGUGAUAUGAUAAGAUUUGGGGUUAUCAGACUUGAAGAGGCUACGUAGUAACUUAAGGCGAGAAAGACCAUAAUUUUUAUAUGUCAUUAGCGGUGUUGUACUGUUUGUAGUCUUUGUUGUUGUUGUUUGGUUGUUGUAAAUUUGAUGACUUUUAUUUUCCAGUAUGAUACGUUAUCUGCUGUUUAACGCCAAACUCAAGAUGAUGAAGACCGGAGAGACUCAAGGCGUGGAACUUUGUGAUACGUAAGUCGCUACCAGUUUUGGCCUGUCUAUGUUUUGUGACUUGUGGGCUUAUAUUAGAAUGUUAAAGGGACAUUAAUUUUGAGUUUCAUUUGAAAACCUCCUAAGGAACGCCCAUUUUCAUUGAAAGCUAUUACUCUCUCCACGAGACUCAACUCCCUACUAAGAAAAUUAUAGGCGCACAAGCCGCACAAGUAAUGCAAGGUGCGUAGAAAGGGACAGACCUUAGCUUGCCCACCUGUAGUAAACAAGCUCGCCCCUCGUAGUAAAAGAAGCUCACCCCCUGUAGUAAAACAAGCUCGUCCCCCCGUAAUGAAACGAAACCGCCCACCUGUAUUAAAACAAUGUCGCCCCCCUGUAGUAAAACAAGAUCGCUCACCUGUAGUAAAACAACCCCGCGUCCGAUAGUAAAUAAAGUUCCCCCCCAAACCUUUCAACUCGUCUAAUAAAUUCUUAACUCUACCAAAGAACCAAAAGCGUAAUCAAAUAUAUAAUUGGUAAUUAGUAAUGAUACUAUCAAUGUUUUUUAUCUCAUUUUGUCAAAGGUACCUUGGUCACGUGGACUUAAUGAAGUUUUUAGUGGAGUCUAACUGUGGUGAUAUUCCUUCACUGCGAGAUCUCAUGCGUCAAGAUUCAGCAAGGUGCAAAGUUAGGGAGGGGAAGGUCUUGAUAAAUGUUGUACAUAAGCAGCUAACUAAUUGUAAUUUCUCAAUAAAAUGAAAUUACAUUCACAAGCAAAAAGGUGAUGAGAAGGGAAAGAUACCGAGCAGGAAAAUUUUUCGAUUGAAAACCAAACUCUCAAUAGUAAACGCUCAAGAAAUAUAUGAGCGAUUAAAGGAAGAAUUGAUUUAAGAUCCUAGGGGGGUUGAGAGAGUAAAGUUUGCGACUGGAAUGCGAAGAUAGGAGAUUUGAUUUACUCCGUCAUACCGCAGACCAUAUCAGGUAUAAACCAAGGAAGGUAGAGAAGUAAUACGUUCCACAACCAGUGAUAAGGUUGUAGGAAAAGGAGGAAGUGCAUCAAGUGCAUCCUUACUCUGCAAAGGCUCAGAAAGGCUCCCAAAGGAAUGGGUAAGAAAGGUUUAAACUACCCACAUACAUUGAAAAGAAGGAGCGCCCAUCCGUAGACCGCGACUUCACAUAUGUUGGUGAUGUGGGUGGGAAGAUGAGAAAACCUUUUGGGUGAAUGCUGUGGACUAAAAUGGGAAACAAUCUCUGUGUAGUAAGUAAAUGAACAUCUAUGAAGCUAAUGAAGAAAGGGAACAAGAAAUAGAAGGUGUAAUGAUUUCUAGCCACGGAACGUAAAGAAAAUCAUCAAGGAAUGCCUGUUAGGCUGAUAUAACACAGCAUCACGUUGACUUCACAGUUUUUCACAGUUUUGCUUUCUUCUCUCUGCCCACGACAGGCGUCUUCGUGACCGUUUCAUUGAAGCAGAGCGACUUUCACUAGCCAUGGAAGUUUCCACAAAGUGCGGCCUUGAUCCCUCAGGGGUGUGGGGCGCAGCAGGUUUUGCUCUUCUCCAGGCUGGAGAUUUCACCGGGGCUAGAGAAAAGUUUUCCCGCUGCAUGAAGGUGAAAGAGCUUUUUUGAAAAUGAUUUCUUAACUAAGGUUCAGAGCAAUUAUGAAAGGAGAGUAAACGUUAAUCUGAUGGUUUUUUGUUACUGUUUUACUGCUUUCCUUGAUAGAUUCAUAUACUUAUACUACCGUCCUCCCAAGCUCUGAGGCCUCUUUUAGAAAAUGAUGGGAAUGAAACUGUCUGUUUUUUUUUUUUUUUUUUAAAUAACUUCCUUAAUUCAGAUGGAUUAAUUAAAAUCGUUUUACAAAGAAGCUCAUCACUCUUUGAGUGACCAAAGCAAUCUGGGAUUGCCCAUCUCUCUUUGAAGUCAAGAAGUGAAUCAAUGGGUGACCAAAGCAAGCUGGGAUUACUUUGGUUUUGCUUUUCUCCGCUUUGUCCAGAAAUUUUGUGCUACUCUCUCAACCACUGGUUCUGUCCUAAAAUGUUCCUCCUUUUUUUCAGCCUGAAGAGGGAGGGAAACAACAACAGCAGUACAACUCGCAAUAUCUGGAAAAGAUCAUUGAAAUCUUACAGUCAUCUCCAUUACUAGCCUACAGACAGGUAGGAGUCAAUGGGGUUUUUAAGUCUAACGCUCCCCCCUCAGGAAGUACCCAGUGGUGGCCUUUCAACAAGGGAACUGGGAUGGAGUACGGCCAUGAAAGUACAUCUGAACUUUGUUAAAGUACGACAGAGAAUGAGUAAAUAAAACUGAAAGUGUUUUGAAGUGCAGAGCAUUGUUUCUAAAAUCAAUUCCACUUGACGCCUGAUGCCUGGUUUUUCUUGUAACUUCUUGUGAUAUUUAUCUCAAAUUUUCAUUUAUUUUCAGUCCACAGAUGAUCUCAUGUCUCCGUUGCUUGGACUAUUGGAACACAGUCGAGUAAGAUAAUCUUUAUCAGUAGUUAUAACCUUUUGAUAAUACUUUGCAACGCAACACGUUUCACAGAACAGAACUUCCUUGUUUAAAAAAAUAGACAGAGACAAAGCGUGAUUUGAAGCAAGCGAGCUGGUUUUAACAUUAUGGAGCUUGGACCGGUUGACAGGAAAUAAUCGAAAUAUUGUCAAUUUUUCGUUUUGAAUAAUGUGUGAUAUGUUUUUAAUAUUUUUACUUCUUUAAUUGCUCGCAGAAUUUCCGAGGCGAUUCAUACCUAGAUCCCAAACGGUUCGACGAGUGCUUGUAUUAUCUCCACACGUACGGUAGCCCAUCAUCCCUUGUGGCGUUCUACGUCAGACACGGACAUCUAAAGCUGGCUUGCAGAUACAUCUUGGACCAGGUAUGAAAACAUUCUUGCGAAAAAAAACAAACGAGUAAGGUAGAGUGUAGAGUGUUUUAAACCCUUGAAAAGCGCAGAGGUCUGUCAUAGUUUAAUACUGGUACUAACGAUCGUCCUGCCGUGAAAAAUCAGUUGAUACUACGCGUGCAACCUUUUUUUCUUCCUUCCUCAGCAAUGUUCCGUAGAGGUAUUUAUCGAAAGUUUGUUUAUGCGCCUCGUGAUUAAAGGCAAAUUUGCGCUGCUGAAGGAACAGAUGGAAAUUACAGAUCCGACUCUACAAGCGUGGAUGCCUUAUUUGACCGCAGCUUGCAAGUUUUUACUUCGAAGAAGUUUUCACAAUCUGUUAUAUGAAGUGCAGGUGUUUAUGAGGGUAAGUCACAUGUUCUAACAACAUUUAAAAGAGAAAUAUCGCUUGAGGAAUAUAUGUUUAUAUGUUUAGAGUGUGAGGCUAAACUGAAUUCUCUUCCUCUCAGUUUGUGUUUAGGCUUGAAGUGGCUGCCCAGAAAAACAGUAGCCAUCACCCCCAUGCACACGCAAAAACGAAUAAGACGUAACCUCACUGUGAUCGAGAUUAACCUCCUCGAAGCCCCCUGCCCCUCCCCUAAAGAGGAAGAGCGAAGGAAGUAUCCUUGGAAGGGCUAGUGCUCGAAACGUCCGCUUUAGAAACUCUGUACGGUGGCCAAUCCACAUUACCAACUCAGUUGAUAAUACCAAAUUAUUUUGUUAUACUUCCCCAACGACGCAGCGCGGCAGCUUCUUUAGAAACUUAUCCCCUUUAAACAAUAACAUUAACGGGUUUUUAGGCCUUCUAUCCUAUAUUCUGUGCAUCAAGCACUGCGAUACAUUUUCGAUUUGAAUCAUUGGUCCACAAAAUUGCAUGAACGAAUCAUUCAUACCUCUUAUGCCUCUUGCCUUACAAAAAUAGCUCCAUGAGUGACUGUUGAUGCGUAGCCAGGGCUGAGUUGUUUGACAUUCAGCACCAAUACGGCGGAUAAAAGUGUCACAACAGCAUCAGGGUUUGUUAACGUUUACUCCAGGGUAACCAAUUCGGCCUGUUAGUUUAUCCUACUCUCUCACAGGCUACCCAUCAUUGUUGUAACACAGUCCACCUUUCUCUCCUUUAUCCUUUCCAGGAUUUCUUUCGCGCCGCUCAAACUUGCAUCCGAUUUUAUGAAGGAGUGGCUGGAGGCCCUGUGACGUCCUACGAGGACUUGUACUCAAGACUGCACUAUCUCGAGGAAGCCAAACAGCACAUCGAAACUGUAAUCGCCGAGAAAAAAUCUCCCAAGGGAACGUUAAACACAGUGUUUGCGUAUUUACGCCAGCGUAGCACGGGCAGUGUAAAGAGUGUGACUGAAGAACCAUCUCACUUUGCCAUGUCACUGUCGGAGUUGAACAGUCACUUGAACACAAUCAAUUUACAGAUAGAGGUCACUAAUUUCAUGCACCAGUGUGCGGUAGAAAGUGGAGGACCCGGUCUGCUACGGGCCAGUGAAGGGAGUCGUCUGUCUACCUUAUUCGGAAAUGGACAUGUGAGAGGAGACAUGGUCGUGCAGGUAAAUAUUGUGUUCUUCGAUUAACGCCACAAACAGACAUUAGUUUUUAAAAAGCUUUUUGUCAUGAAGAAAGAUGUUAAUUUGAAAACGUCAACCCAAAUAGGGCAUUUUUUUGGUCAUAUUUAUUGAACACUUCCCUUUUAGUUAGAAAUGAUUGCCACACAGUUCCAUAUUUUUCGGUCAUCAUUAGAUAGGCUAAACUUUAGAUUCAACCGAAAUUCCCUCCAUAUGGCUAAGUUAAAUUAUCAACUUCGUUGAUAAAACUAAAUUAUCUUAGUUGUAAUACCUUGUGUGUGACGAAGCACCAAAGUUUUGUUGGGAAACUACCCCUUAUAUUUCUCGUGAUGAGGUUUCCGCAUUUACACUUUAGUAUAAUUACACACAGAAUUCACUUAGGUUUGGUGUAAUGUCAGUAGGGUUUUUUGUAUUUUUUUUUUUUCUUAUCUGAAGUCAAGUAUUUAUAUGAUUUUUCAAGUGUAUCAGUAGCUUAUGAAGUUUCUCUAUCGUACUUUGUUUAUUAUCGUCUAGGUUCUUCUUGCUGGAACAUCAAUUCAAGAUGGUUUUAGUUUGGCGAGUCGGAUAAUUCAGGUUUGUUUCUGAAUUCUGUUGUCGUUGUUAUUAGUAGAGAGUCUGGUGAAUCUUGGAUGGUGUCGAACUUUGUCUUAAUACACAAUCAUUUCGGUCGUUUUUUACGUACCUUCACUUUCAGUUUUUCCCUCGUCUCAUUUUAAAACAAACGUAAGAUCACUGUCAAAAAAGCAUAUUUCGGUUGAAUGUCGUAAAACCAUGACCAUAGUUAUUAUGUCGGUCGAUGCAAAGAGAGGAAAAUCUCUCAAAGAAUCAUUAAGAAAUCAAAGGAAAAACAAGCAAACUGCCCGAAGUGCAUUAAAGUGUGGGUGAAUACGUCCGGAUUUGUUCCAUUUUUCAUCUGAGGAGUGUGCAGGAUGGCGGGAGUUUUCUAGACCACUCAUAGUGUGAGCUAAACCAAAGUUAAUGCAAUCCCUAAAUUAAUAAUUUCCCAGUAAGGGUUUUUUUGUAGUCUGAAGACUUGAUUAUCGUGUGUCUUACCUCUCAGGAUUAUAACCUUCCGGCGGCUCGUGUUUACGUAGACACUGGCCGCUCGCUGGCUCGACAAUACAAGUAUUCACUCAUUGAGGAACUUCUGCAUUUCUCAGGAGAGACUGGACAAGUAACAGACAAAUGCCACGACGACAUCAUUUUGGCAUGCGUCAGCAUCGUGGCUGCUGACCAAAGUCAGGUGGGCUCUGUUUUAUCGAGGAUAUGUUCACUGAUUGUGUUUGUCUAUUUUGAUGUUCGUUUGUAAAUAUGCGAGUGUCCUUUCUAAUAAAAUCGUAACCUUUCUUCGCAGGCAAAGUACCUGGAAGGACUGAUAAAACAUUUAAAGACCGACAUCAACAAGGUAAAACAGUAUACUCCCUAAGAGUAAAGAAGUUAAUUAAGGCCAGUUUAGAUUAAAGAAAUUAUCAUUGAGAAACCAUGUGGGAUUUUAAUUAUUACUGGCCAAGAUGGGAAGAUAAAGGGGGUAGGGUUCUAAAGAAACUGUGCUGCUGCGUGGGUGCGGGUUAUUCCAUGAUGAAUAUAGGGGAUACGUUACUAAAGAAACUGUGCUGUUGCGUUAGUGCGGGUUAUUGUAUGAUGAAUAUAAAGGAUACGUUACCAAAGAAACUGUGGAGCUGCGUCAAUGCGGGUUAUUACAUGAUAAAUAUAGGGAAUACGUUACGAAAGAAACUGUGGCGCUACGUCGGUGGGGGGAAGGGCGGGGGGGUACCCGGGAUGAUGUAACUCGCUCGAGGAUAUAAAUGUAUAACAAAAAAUGAGUAAGAUGAUAAAGGGGAUUUUAACGUUGCAGAUAGUUUUAUUUCCCACUACUAGUAUCUGGUUUGGGUAAUAAAGCGGCUGACAAGGCUGAGGGCUCUUUCAUCCUUUUGAAACCACAUGUCACCCAUAUAAAGUUUAAGAUGAUCAGGGUUGAAUUUAUCCUCACUCUGUCGUUCACAAGUCGUAGGAAGAAUUUGUGAGCAUUUGGUAACAGCACUCUUACAGAUUUCGGGGUUGCCAUUUUCAAUCGAGUGUCGGAAGUAUUACGAGAAUUAUGUUUGGUUUUCCAUUGCUCCGUGAUUGGUCAGAAGAAUUGAACCACUUUCUCAAACAAUCGGAUUCAGACAAUUUCUUGUUUUUAUUUUGAGUUCUAAUUGGCUCUUUGUUAUAUUCUCCUUUCAUCUGAUUGGUGAUUGUGAUUACUUUGAUUUCGUUAUACGACCCUCAGUCGAAUUGCGCUCCAUUCGACAUAACCUGUGUUUAUAAGUCUUUCUCCAUUUAUCAUUUUUUCGUUUUUUCUUUCCUUAAGAUAAGCGCUUUCAUCAUGUGCGGCAAGCUGAAAUCCGCCUACCUAAUCGCUGUCCAAGGUAAUCGUGUGGACGCCAUUCGAGAAAUCGCCGAUGUAGCGGAGAAAUCAGGUCAAAGCAAAAUGGUGGAGAUAUGUUGCAAGUUUUUGACACAGUACGAGAAGCAGAGGGCUGCCACGGAGCGCCGAACCGCUGUACAACGAAAACACGGGGCAGAAUCAAACAGAUAACGCCCAACCGGACGAUUUGGUUGGUGAUGCUGAGACCCAUGCCAUGGGGAAUGAGGAGAGUUUUCGACUGAUUGUUUUGACCCCCUCCCCUUCCUUAGAAAAAAAAUGAUGGAAAAUUACCAAACAAUUAGACAUAACAACCGAGGAAACAUAACGUAUCAUGUUUGGCUCGAAAUUCUAGAAAAUCGUUUCGAUCAAUAUAGGGAAAAGUCAUUAAAAAAUAGGCAAAUUUUGUACAAGUAAUUUUUUAUUGAAAAAUGGGCAUUAAACUAGAAAAUUAUGAAAUGAGAGACAUUGAAAAAUUUAUAUUCGUAUAUUUAUUUCAGCUGAUCUGUAGACCUUCGGUCACAUAUGGAAUUCAAAGUGUAUUCAAUAAAUUGUGCAAACCAUCUAUUGAAGUUAAAUUCCUGGUUAUAGUAUGUCAGUAUUUUUUCGUUACUCAUCUCUAAUAUCCAUCACGACAAAAAGUGAAUUUGUUUUAAUGAAGAAGGAAACGAUUGCCGAGGCAGCAAUUAAGGUGAACAGGAGAAGUGGUAGCUCUCGUCCAAAGAGGUUUUUCAGUUUUGUAAAUAAAAAUUAAUGCAGAGAAUAAAAUAGCUGUAAUUGUGAUGACAAGUAGUUUCACAGUCGAAGCGGGAUUUAGUG